AACCUUUUCCGAAGCAAAAAAUAAAAAAUAAAAAAAAAGUUGAUAUGGUUGUGUACAGACUACAGACAGUGUGGUGUAUAUAAAUCGUAUCAACCAAUCGACCUGUUAGGCUGUUACUUUGCUGUAUUAAAUUUGUUUGUAGCUUACUUUUUCUCUUAGCUGCUUUUAUAUAUUUGGUCUCUGUAUCCCUUCACCAUCUUCCUCUCCUAAGAUCUUCUCAAACCUCUUCUCCCUCCCCAGACUUAAGAAGAUUCACAUGGAAGAUCGAAAAGAGAACAAGAACUCGCCAUGGCUAUCAGUACCACAGUUUGGAGAUUGGGAUCAAAAAGGAGGACCAAUUCCUGAUUACUCGAUGGAUUUCUCAAAGAUCAGGGAGAUGAGGAAACUCAACAAGAGAGAUGCUUCUCGAGCUAGUCUUGGCAAUGAUGAAGAACUCAUUAACCCUUUUCAUAAUCAACCCCCUGUUGAUACUACCAAGCCUUCUAAGAAGCUUACCACCGUUCACAGUGACAACGACAACAACCACAAUGUCUUCUCUCACCAACGCCCACAUUCCCCUUCUACGAGGAGAGGAAUCUUCAGCUGCUUCAACUGCUGCGUUAAAGCUUAACUAAAAGUGUUUACUUUUUUAUCAUAAUAAUGACAAUGAUUCGAAGACGAGAAAUGAGAAAUGGUAGUGACACCUUUUUCACUUAUGUUACUUCGGAUGCAUCAAUCAAAAUUUGUCUGUUGUUUACUCUGUAAUCUAAUUAUGUUUUCUAAAAUGUGAAGCGUAGUAAUAUAUACUUUUUCUGUAAUUUUGUUUGGUUUAUUUAGACAACUGAUAAUUUUCAUGAUUGUGUAAUAUAGGCCAGAUUUGUGAUA